AUGAACCUAGAUACCUUACCAAGUGAAAUAGUCACGCGUUGCUUUUCCUACUUGAGCACAGAUUCACUCACAGACAUAAUACUAUUAGAGAACAUUCCUGAUAAAAUCGUCCAAGCUGCAGCUUAUAACUUGAAUAAUUUAUGGUAUUCAAAGCGAUAUCGAAGCGUCGAAAAAGAUAAAGUUGCAAAUAUUGAAGCUUAUUAUGAAACUGAUUUCGAACGGUUUCUACGCAUCCACAAGAUCCUUGAAGAAAAGUCAUUCAAAUGUCCUCUUUGGUUCCAUUGUACAUGGGAUAACAUUCUUGAAAUGCACCAAAAUCUUGAUUCAAUAGAUCUGGUUUACAACGGCCAAGAAUUAGGCAUCCAUGUCGAUCUCGAAGACCCGGCGUUUCAAACCUAUCCUAUUUUCUCAACUCAUGAUAUCAAUCUCAAAAUUACUUGCCUUUCAUUGAAUUCCUUUUAUAAACGUUGUAUCAACUUGGAUAAUUUUCCGAUAUUGGAAACUUUUUAUGGCUAUUAUUGCGAAAUAAGCGUUGACCACGACCACCCCAGUUUGAAAAACCUAUAUCUCAACCAGGUGACUUUCAGCUCAUUACCAACGAAUUUGAUAAAGUUGGUUGCAAAAGAGUGCUGGAUAAAUAUGGAUGAAAACCAUCCAAAACUAAAAGCUCUCACACUGUUGACUCUAGAACGCACGGACGAACGCACGGAUUGCUUCUCAUUACUACGACUACUCUGGAACAAGAAUUUGGAACAUUUCUCGUAUAUCGGUCGAGGGGUAAUAGAGGAGAAUGAAAGUCGAGAAGAGGAUGAAAUCUUCUCCAUGAUCGGGCCCAAAGUGACAAGUCUUGGAAAGUCUGGCUCUAUCCCAGCUUCAAUUCCAACGCUACGCUCACUAUACUCCAUAAGUGGAGGAGGCCUCGAGAAUUUGAAUGCUUAUACCCAUAUGACUUCCCUAACAUUGUGGGAGCCAUCAGACAUCAACAGUUGUAAUUUACCACCCAACUUGCUCAGACUAACAUUGAAUCUGCCAGAUGAUACGAUCGAAAGAUUAAAGUUUCCGUUGAGCUUGCUCAAACUUUCGAUCACGUCUGCUAAAUUUAAUGACUUGACCAAAAUCGAAUUUCCUCCCAAAUUAGUUGAUCUCGAAUUAGAGCUGUGUGAUAUUGCUCUGACUACAGGUUGGCUAAAACCAGCUCAAUUGAAGAGACUUUCACUUGCGCGAAAUAACCUCUCAUCUUUCAAAGCUGUUCUUCCUUGCUGUGAAUUCUUGAGCUUGAGCGACAAUAAAAUAGAGAAAGUUGAAAUCGAAGCUCCUGUUCUUAAGAAUAUUGACUUGAGUGAAAAUAAGUUGACUUAUAUUCCCGAACUUCCAGCUAGUGUUCAAGUACUAGUCUUCCGUUACAAUAAUCUAGCUCUCUCCGAAAUGUCUGAAAUGCCUCCUAACUUAAAAUUUUUAGACCUCUCGGAUGCUGGAACCGGAACUCUUAAAAACUACACAUUCCCAUCAUCAAUUCAAGAACUCCACCUUACAGGAUUAGACUUGUCAGGUAUGAGUGGAGUCAAAUUUGCCAAAGGGUCAAGAAUGAUAGAAUUGGAUUUGAGCUGUUCUCUUUUAGGCAAAAUCGACGACAAAAUGAUCGAACUACCCCUCGGAUUGAAAUCACUAGAUAUGUGUGGCAAUCACUUUAAUCACAUCAAAAAGCUCACCAUUCCGCAAACAGUUACGUUCUUGAACUUGGGAUCAAACCUUAUGAGAUCAUUGGAAGUUAAGUCUCAUAUUGAGACACUAUACCUCGAUGAAAAUCCAAGACUUUCAAGUCUUGCAAUACCGAAGGAUCUGGAGCUAAAGUUUCUUGAUCUCACGCAAACUGGAAUUAAAAAGUUUUCAUUUGAUAUAUUUGGAGCUGAUAAACUCACACAGCUACGUCUAGGUUCUGAAGUUAAAGUGAUUGACCUUUCGAAAAUGCCCGUCAAUUUUCAAGUUUUGGAAUAUCCUGGGUACUGUCAAAUAAAAGGACUCCGCAGGCAUCUCAAUACAAAUAUUUACAGACGCCAUGAGGUUUCAGAGUUGUGA